AUGGCCAUGGUGUCUUUGGGCUUGGUGGCACUGCCUGAAGAACAUUUCGAGAAAAACGUUAGCAAUCCGGGCAAGGUGGCACCAGCAAAGGCCCUUUUGACCCAUCAAACUCCAGUUGCAGCCAUCAAGCAUGCAUUGCGCCAAUCAGCACGGGCUUUGGGGACAUCAGUGAGUGACCCCGAACAUAUCCGCAAGAAGCUUCCACCCACAGAGGAUUGCAAAGCGCUCAUGGCUGCCGGCCGCAUCUGGGUGAUUUUCAAGCUGGAGAUCCCAGAGGCCGAGUUCCAUCUCGAUUUGAAGUCUGGAUAUGUGAAGAAGCAAGCCGGAAGCGGCUUUGAGAUUCAGACCUGGGACCCUCUCAGCCCGAAGUGGCAUGCGUCCACUGCAUCCAGGAUGCCCGAGGCUCCAGCUUGGUCAUUCUAUGUUGGAAUCAGUGCCGACACGGCAGCUAGGAUCCUUGCGGACCCUACUGAGGCCCGUGGCUACAUCUUGGAAUCCUUCCAACACCGGGACAUGGGGAACUUGGUGUGCAAGCAAGCUGGGCAUAAAGUUGCUCACUUUUUGGCCGGCGUUUACGCCAUUCCAUUCUUUGAAGACAAGUACGGCUGCGCCUUGCUCCAGUCAAUUUUGGACGAGAAGAAGGCGGAGGAGAAGAGCCACAUCCUGACGAUCAAGGUAUCGUGCUUGGAUGUUGCAGCAACGCUGCAGCAUGUCCCCGGCAUGUCCUCCGUGUGGGUUCCACGCGAUAUGGACAAUCUAUACAAGUGUCCUUUCCAUGUGUCUUUGGCGACAUUUGCCUUGGCUGAUCAUUGCGUUCAAGAAGCCCAGCCUGCCAGCCUAUAUCGCGAGAAGAAGCAAAACGUUGAAUUGUAUGACUCGCGCAAGAGGUUUGGAUGUCUCCAUGAUUUUCCAUCGCAGGCUCUUGCCACCAAACGGCCUGCAGAAGCUGAAAUCGAGUGUGGCAGUGCAGCCAAGAAGUUGACGACAGCAGAAGCUGCGAAGUUUGCGGCAGAAACCGUCAAGGCUUUGAAGCCUCGUGACCAGCAGCCUCCGGAGAACAUCGUGCCAGUGAGCAAAGUGGUUGCAGCAUCACCGCAGACAGCUGGCAUGCCACCGGUGCUGCAAGCCCCUAAACUUCCAGAUCUAGAAGAAGGGCGUCACUUGGGCGCUUGGACUAUCAUGAAGCGUGUCAUUCCUUGGGUGCUUCAAUCCUUGCCGACUUUCCUUUCGAAAGCUGCCUUGCCAUCAGCUGCAUCUUUGGCAGACCUAGCACCGCUGGAGAUCCAAUCAUCACAGUCCCAGGGCCUCAAGAACUUCAAGGAGAAGUGGAGCCCUGCAAAUUGCCUGCAGGCUAUCCAACGUAGUGGCCUCUACGAAGCCGGCCGUUCGCUGUACUGGCUGGACCCGGGCUUGAGCUCCAGCGACACAUUGCUGCUUGAAGAGCCGCCCUAUGCAGAAGUCCUUGAGGCCGAGCAGAUUCUUUGCUGCAGCCAUGGGGCCGGAGAUCGCUUCUUCUUUCUUGGCACUUUUGGGUGCUUUGCUCCCAAGCAUGUGUUGAACACGGGUGAGCUACCAACCAAGCUGUCUCUUCUGCACAAGCACACGCAGCUCUAUGCCUGGUACGUUGCUAUGUGCAGGGCAUGGCUGGACACGGAUUUGGAGCAGAUCAAGAAGGCAUUGGCCAUGACCGAUAGCAUCAGCGUGACCCUGGAGAUCCUCACGGUCAACGACAAGUCUCGACAGGGAAGCAAUUCGGACACCUUUUUGAUGUUCGCAAAGAAGGUCCAAUGCAUUGAGCGCCAGCAGGCCGCAACAACCAAGAAGGAUCUUCUCCAGAGCUUGAUUUCCAAGAAUGUGCGCUUCAACGGCACCAAGAUCAACAAGACUGUUCUUGAUGGGGCCUUGAAGGUGGCAGGCAUGCUGAGCGAUGCAUCUUCUGAGAUCCUGUCUCGCAUCCAGCGAGAACAUGGCCGAGAUGUUUUCUCCAACAAUUAUUCCAAAUUGGCCCGCUUGUGCACGCGAUGCGGCGCUGGAACAUUGCUUGAGUUCACCUUGGGGGCAGCCUAUGUGGCAGUGGCCCGCAACCAAUGCAGCCCGGACUUCUUCAACGUGGAAACCAUAGACCCGCGCGGUGACGAGGUGGGCUGGGCUUGCGGGACCUUUGCUAAGAUUGCAGUUGCGCACCAGAUGGUUCAGCUCGCUGAAGCUGCUUGGCAACAAGCCCCUGUGGGAAGCUUGAAAGACGAAGCCAGAAAGACUUCAGACGCUUUGAAGAAGCUCGGCACACCUUUGGCUUUCCAUUACGCUGUGCCCAAAGAGGUGGAUGCUGGCUGCAGCAACGCAGCAGAAGAUGUGCUUGAGGUGUCCAACCCAUGUUCCCACCUCUUGAAGCCGGAUGUGACCACCAAGCUGGCGAAGAGCAUGCGCUCAUGCACCGCCCUUGCAAUUUCCCAUGUUUCGUGCGAAGCCACGUCAGCACCGCCUGUCAGCUUGAGGGAUCUUGUGAAAGGGGAUGACGAGCAAGAGGAUGAGCAGAAGACUGCAAGGGAAGCAGAGCGAAGCCACUUGUGGCGGGAGGCGCAGACGCUUGGGAAGAAGUACGUGCAGUUGGGCCUCUGGCAAGGCCGCACAAUGGAUUCGCUGGCUACUUUGUUUGCAAAGAGCCCGGCCAAAAAUUUUGAAGGAGUUCUGAACGACAGCCACCAAGCCUUCGUGCCUGCCUUGGACAGAGCAUCGUUGCAGCCAGCCUUUGACUUCAUGAAAGCACAGUGCAAGGAGACCUCGAUGCUCUUGCUCUUUGAUGGUGGGUCGCGCUCGAACCGCCAAUUGAUCGAGCAGACGUUUGGCGACAAGGUCCCGGGCGGCGGCGGGCUGUUUGAUUGGAUUGUGCUCUACCGGCUCUACCGCUCCACAAAGAGUGCGCCAGGGAAGAGGAAUCGAAAGGUGUUUGCUGGCUCUGUCCGUUGUGAAACGGCCUUCCUCCGACUAUCAGUCCCACGGGUGAGGUUGGCUGUGAAAGCCCGGGAGGAUGACUUCACGUCGAAUGAGGAGUGCAACACCAAUGAUUUGCACAUGGUCAACGUUUCCCCGCCCGGAAAGUUGCCUCGCAUUCUCCGGUCUGACAAGACCCGUAUCUUCCCCGAUGCCACUGUCCACAACACGGUGAAGUCCUCCUCUGUGCCGCUGCUUCUUGUCAAGAUUUCAAGCCGGGAUUUGUUUGAUGACGGCUUGGGCAUAGAAUCUGAGUAG